AUGGACCGACAAGCAUAUAGCGAAGCGCUCCCAUCACUUCGCGCUCAGCUUGAUGAGCUGUCGAUGCUCGUGCAGACAUCGUACCCCUCCUUCUACGACGCCCUGCCGUCAAGCUCAGUAUGGGUCGAAGUCACUCAUAACUUUGACGUUCUCAUCGACGUGAUCGCUGCCUGCCUUGAGCCACGCGCCUGUACGAUCAGUCAGAAGCCUGCAGUGCAGAAUUGUCUUCCCAAGACAUGUCUGAUUGACUGCCGAGAGAUUUGCUCCACUGCAUCGCUCUACGACAGAAUACUGAACGGCCUGGCAUCCUGGCCGCUUACCUUCUGUGCUCAGUCUGGCGCCGUCAAGCUCUGGAAUGGAAGACGAUCAGGCUGUCACGUCGUCCGCAGCCGGUCAGAUGAAUGGCACGUCGAAUGGACAACGCCCACCGAGGACGCGCCAGAUAAUCAGUCUGCUCGCCACAACACCUCAUUCCAAGCAUUCUGCGACGGUCUUCGUACAGUGUUUGAUCUGCAGGAGCAAGACCAUACACUCGGAUCGGAUUCGCAGCUAUUCGCCGAACAGCAGCGGGCUUUGCCGAGAGCAAUCAUCUUCACACAUGCUGACCUGCUAUAUGAUAUCGCUGGCGACGUCGACACGCCACUCUUUUCUUCACUCGUGCGCAUUGCCGAGCUGACCCGGCGGCCCAUUGUGCCCGUCUUUGUCUCAUCCUUGCCGUCGCGCAAGCUGCUUUCGCGACGGGGUUACAGAGAGCCAAGUCAAAAUCUUGUUAUCCAUCGGCUAGAGACGCAAGACGCCAAGAACAUCUUGCAUAGGCAUCUCGCCUCGCAAAGCGACGAUGAUCAGAACCAAAUCCGCCUAGCACGCCCAUUAGUCGAGCUGACCAUUCAGAUCUAUGAGAAUCUCGUCGGCCUGGAGCUGUCCCAGCUGAUUGCCAUCUGUGAUGCUGUCUGGCCACAUGUCCAACUGCGAGCCAGUCAGCUGCAUACGGCAGAUAUUUCAGCUCUAUAUCGCGUCAUCAAAGAUAUACUGGAGCGCGAAAGAGAAGCGCUUUACGGCACCCGAUUUGUCAGCAUGGAUGCCGCUCCGGGUUCAGCGCUCCAACUUCUCGACCAACAGAUGCCCAUCGUAGCAUCUCCUCUAUACAUGACGCCGAGCAAGAGGGGAAGAAGCAAUGCAACUCAAUCACCUACUUCGUCCGCCUGUGCUAGCCCAAGCAAAAGUCCCCAAAAAGCGACGAUAGAGCGACGCUCGUCGCCCUUGCUGUCCUUGCCAGUCAUUGGUCGGUACCUCGCCAUUGCAAGCUACUUCGCCAGUUACAAUCCCGCCAAGAGCGAUGUUCGCAUGUUUGCCGUGGAAGAGCCAGAAGGUGGUCGCAAAAAGAAGGGUGGUGGAACGCGCAAGACAGCCCAAGCGCCGACAAAGCGUAAAUUUGCGCAACUCCAGCUCGGGCCGAAACUCUUUUCGCUCGGACGGAUGCUUGCAAUAUUGGAAGCCAUUCUCGAUGUUGACGAUCGGUCACUGGCAUCUUCCGUCAAUGUGGACGCUCAGAUCAUCACCCUGCUGCAGAUGGGCUUGAUUUCAAGGAGCGUAGCAGCUGCACCCACUAGUAUCGACCGAUUAGCAAACCUCAAGUUCAGAUCGCAUGUCACCCUAGCUCAAGCGGACGAUCUAGCAAAGACUGUCAAUUUGACACUCAGCGAACGUUUAUGGGAAUCAUGA